AUGUCCGAACGUAUUCGAGACGUCGAGCAACAGGUUGGCUUGAAAACGUCUCCGGCGAGUCUCCACCUACCAAGUCACUGCUGCCGUGAGUCUGAGGAAGAAAAGCCAGCAAAGCGCUGCAAACGCAAAAACACCUGCCUCUGGGAGUGUUGGUACGACUGGUUUGUAAACCAUGCGCACUCCACCGAACUCGACAAGCAGUGGAAGUCCACGAUGCGGCGCUGCGUUGCCUACAUGCUAUUGUUUGCCGACAACCUCGAUGUAGACGAGAGUGCAGCGACCUACCUUGAUACUGUUCUUGCCGAUGGUCACAUUCUGCCAGCAAAGGUACUUGCGUUUCUUGUGGAGCGCAGUGCGUCAACAUCGUCAACGGGGUCCGUCGAGCGCAAGCUACGCGCUAUUCACAAGAAAGGAGAGCUGAAUGUGUUCAUUGUCGAAUUUAAUGCGCGCGUCCAAUUAGGUCUAAUCGUUGACCCUACACCGCAACCAGAAC